AUUCUUAUUCAUUUCCAUUUAUUUGAAACGCGUGCGCUUGUUUUCAUGCUUUUGACUGACUCCAAAUUAGCCGCUAGCUUGGAGACAUUUGUACUCGUGAAAGUCAUCCCCGCGGGGUCGUCGGGACUUUGGGAAUUUGACUCAACUCUUGGAUUCCUCGGUGAACGAAUCUGACCGUCCACGGCACCGCCCGACUCUGGCUGCUCAUUGGUCACUUGCCGAAGUGAACGACCUCAUUGGCGAGUCGCAAAAUCAGUCCCGCCCCCCGCACGCCGGGCUGCUCAUUGGUCACUUGCCGAAGUGAACGACCUCAUUGGCGAGUGGCAAAAUCAGUCCCGCCCCCCGCACGCCGUGCUGCUCAUUGGUCAUUCGCCGAAGAUUCACAAGCACGUGACUGAGCGCUCCGGCGGUUCCGUUUCCGCUCCCGAGCGACUCGCUCGCUUCGCCUCCCGCCCUCGACCAGCACAGAAAACGAAUCACGUCCUAAACUGCGACGUAGCAGCACAUUUCCUACCGGUCGGAGGAGGCAAGAGCAAGAGCAAGAGCUGCUUAGCUUUUGUGCACAAAAGUGGACUUUGAAUGUUUUUGUUUUUUUUUUGCGCGUGAGUUUGACGAGCAAGAGCACGUAAACAAACGGCGAUGGCAUCUGGGCUGCCAAACUCGGUGUAGCCGACAGAAAAGUCAUGAACGUGAGUUUGAAGAGCAAGAAGCGCGCCGUCCUCCCCAGCAGACCCUCUCCGCCCAGCGCGGACCGCAUCCUCGAGGACGUCGGCGGCGCCGAGCCGGGCGACCCGGUCUUCAGCGUCCUGCGGCUGCCCCGGCGAGCGGGCGACCCGGGCGAGGCGGAGCGGACCUUCCGGCAAUGUCGGCGCCUCGCGGACCUCAAGCGGCAGCUGCGGGAAGCGGAGACGCUCCUCCGCCGUCAGCGGGACCACCUGCGGGAGACGGCCCGUCGUCUGGACCGCGACGUGGCGGAGGUCAAAAGCGGGCUCGGCUGAGGGCUCCGGAGCUCGCCCCGGGAAGGCGGCUUGUUCGUGCAAACCUUAACGCGUGCUAUUAUUAAAGGCAUAUCAGAUGGAAAACUUUGGAAUGUGUUUUA